AUGUGCCCAGCAAGAGGUAAACGAUGCUCAAAAUGCGGAAGAAUGGGACAUUUCAAAGUUCGAUGUGGUAAACUUCGAGGUAAACCUGCACGGCAACAAGGACAUAAUGAGCAAUGCCGAAACCAACCGAGAAUAAAUAAAAACGGUAAGCGGUUGAAUGAUACGAAUUGUGUUGAUUGUUCGAAUGACGAAAAUAGUGAGUUUACAUUCACCGUGAGAGAUCACAAUUCCUACCAUGAUGGAAUAAUUACUUUAAAUGUGGGAGGAGUUAAUUUGUCGAAUGUAAUAAUUGAUUCGGGUGCUUGCCGAAAUUUCAUGGGAAGCAAUACUUGGGAAUGGCUGAAGAGUGAGAGAAUUGUGUGUAAUUCAAGAAAAUGCUCGAUACCAUCACUCUACGCUUAUGGAAGUACUAAACCACUUCAGGUCUUAGGUACGUUUACUGCUAAUGUUUUCGUUUUGAAUAAUGAAAGUAAAUGUCGGACUGAUUUUGUUGUUGUCAAAGGUAAUUGUCAAACUUUGUUAGGAAAAGAAGCUGCAACAAAACUUAAUGUAUUAAGAGUGGGGCCCGUGAAUGCAGUGAGUUCCAAAACUAUUGAUACUUCAAAUUGUGAUAUAUUUUCCAAGUAUGGAAAAUUGUUUGAAGGAAUUGGCCUUUUAAAAGAUUACAAAUUGACUUUGAAUAUUGACAAAACUGUUAAACCAAUUGCUCAACCUCUGCGCCGCAUACCAUAUGCGUUGCGAGACAAAGUAGAUGCAAAAAUAGAUGAAAUGCUGAAAGCAGACAUAAUCGAAAAAGCGCCUGAAGGUCCAAGUACCUGGAUUUCGCCUUUAACUGUAGAUCAUAAAAAGGAUGGAGAUAUUAGAAUUUGUGUUGACAUGCGCCGAGCUAACCAAGCCAUACUCCGUGAAAGGCAACCUAUACCGACUGUUGAAGACUUACUCCACGACUUGAGCGGAAGCGCCGUAUUUUCGAAGUUAGAUCUGAAAUGGGGGUUUCAUCAAAUAUUGCUUGAUGAGAAAUGCCGAUAUAUCACAACGUUCGUAAUUAAUAAUGGAAUUUUUAGAUACAAAAGACUUAUGUUUGGUUUAUCAUCUGCACCAGAAAAGUAUCAGCAAAUAAUCAGAGACGUUGUGAAAAACUGUCGGGGUGUCGCAAACAUAGCGGACGAUAUCAUUAUCCAUGGGCGGAAUGUGAAGGAACAUGAUGAAAGAUUAUUUGAUGUUCUUGAUAAGUUGGACAAAGCCGGUCUAACGCUGAAUGCUUAUUUCAGAUCUGACUGCAGGACAAGAAUAAUUGCAGAUGCUUCACCGACAGGACUAGGAUCCGCUUUAACCCAAUUGCAAGACGGAAUUUGGAGAGUAAUUUCGUAUGCUUCGAGGACAAUGUCAGACGUAGAAAGACGAUGUAGCCAGACUGAAAAGGAAGCUUUGGCUAUAGUGUGGGCAUGUGAGAGAUUUAACUUGUAUAUUUUUGGCAGGAAAUUUGAACUUGAAACCGAUCACAAACCUUUGGAAUGCAUAUACUCUAAAACUUCAAAGCCCUCAGCAAGGAUUGAACGAUGGGUAUUGCGAUUGCAAGCGUAUGACUUCAAGAUACUCAGAAAACGUGUUCUAGAGCUUGCACAUGAAGGACACCAAGGAAUUGUGAAGACGAAAAAUCGACUUCGAAGUAAAGUGUGGUGGCCAAACAUUGAUCGUGAUGCUGAACGAAAAUGUAAAGUAUGUCAUGGAUGUCGGGUAACAAGUUCGUAUAGUCCGCCUGAACCAAUGACGCGAACACGACCACCCAGUGGACCUUGGAUAGAUUGUUGUGCCGAUGUUUUAGGACCUUUGCCUUCUGGUGAUAACAUACUGGUAAUUGUAGAUUACUACAGUCGUUUUUAUGAAAUUGUAAUUGUGCGGUCGACAACAAGUAAGAAAAUAAUUGAAGCGUUGAGCACCAUAUUUUCACGUUACGGAAUUCCACUUACGUUAAGAACUGACAAUGCACCACAGCUUGUAUCUAAUGAAUUCAAAUCAUUUUUAGACGAACAUGGAGUUCAACAUAAAUCUACUACUCCAUUGUGGCCACAAGCGAACGGCGAGGUGGAGACAGCCCAAGUAGAAGGUAAAGAUUGGAAAUCUGAAUUAAACAAAUUUCUACUUGCAUACAGGUCUACACCGCAUACAGCGACAGGAGUAUAG